UUUCUUUUCAACACAGAUUCCCUGAACAGCUCUUUCCCUGCAACGUCACACCGUUGCCAGCACAAGCCCAAACGCUGCCUCCCGAUCCAGCCAUGUGGAAAUCUGUCCUCCUUCCCUCUGCUCUUCCACCCCAGCACCAAAGGGUCGCAGAUCGUCAUGGAUGUGUCACAGAGGACCGUCAAGAGGCUGGCCAGCUUCUGUAAUGCCAUCACCUUCACCAACAGGCCCAUUGCUGUCUAUGAGCAAGUCAGACUGAAGAUCACUAAAAAGCAGUGCUGCUGGAGCGGUGCGUUGCGUCUUGGUUUUACAUCCAAAGACCCAUCAAGGAUCAAUCCAGACACCCUACCCAAAUAUGCUUGUCCUGACCUGGUCUCUCAAAGCGGUUUCUGGGCAAAAGCUCUACCAGAGGAGCUCUCCAACGAGGGAAACGUCAUCUCCUUCUGGGUGGAUAAGAAGGGUCGGGUUUUCUACCGAAUCAACGAUUCCAACCCCAUGCUGUUCUUUAGUGGGGUGCACGUCGCUGAACCUCUUUGGGCUCUCAUAGAUGUCUACGGUCUAACCAGAGGAGUCCAGCUGCUUGGUGAGUCAGAUGUUUACAAAGGAGUUCUUUUCAGAUUUUUUUUCUUAAAUUAUUGCUUUUCAGUCAUACUUGUGUUGUUGACAUGA